UUAAUUUUAAAUUGAUAUGUAAAAUAAUAAAUUACGUUCAUUUUUUUCAACCCGGAUCUAAUUGAUUUUUAAGCAAACCUAGUUCUCUACCUAACCUAGUUCUCUACCAUAUAAAAACGCGCGCCGAAAAUCAUAAAGCAUUGCGAAGAAGAUUCAUUGAGGCAGCAGUCUUCAUUCAACCAUGGCGUCGUCUUUCUUAGGAAACCUGGUGGAAUCUACAUAUCUGCCCUUGGAAACUGCAACGACCAUCCUCGCGAUGGCAGGCCUUUUCAAGUGGCCCCCUCAAGCUACAGUAAAUGAUGGUGAUCGUUUCGACUUCAUCGUGAUCGGGUCGGGUGUUGGAGCCGUCAUCGCCAAUAGAUUAACAGAAAACGAAGAUGUUCGAGUACUAUUAAUAGAAGCAGGAAAAAACCCCUCCGUCGAAUCUAUGCUACCCGGUCUUUUUAUUCUGCUCCAAAACUCGUACCAAGAUUGGAACUAUGUGUCCGAACCCGAGGAAGCUACAAAAAAUCAACAAUUCGGUGCCUAUAGAACGUCCGCAGGAAAAUGUCUGGGUGGAAGCAGCAAUAUCAAUCAUUUUAUACAUCUACGAGGAGAUCCGUGCGACUUCGAUUCUUGGGCAGCCUACCUCAAAGACGAAUCUUGGUCUUAUAAGAACGUUCUUCCGUAUUUCCGGAAAAGUGAGACAAUCCAAGACGAAGACAUCCUUAAAUAUUAUGCCAAUUUCCACGGUGUUGACGGUCCAGUAAUUAUAACCAGACAACCUGAUGAUUCCACCCGUAAUAUCAUGGAGUCGUUCGAAGAAAUUGGAGUACCAUCGGUUUUAGACCUGAACACGAACAAUACUGUUGGGUUCACGGAAUCCUCUUUCAUCAUAGGCAACGGCCGAAGACAGAGUACUUCUCAAGCAUACCUGAACAACUUGAAUAGAGAUAAUUUGUACGUAUUAACCGAAACUGUUGCUGAAAAAAUUAUUUUCGAAGAUAAUGUAGCUGUAGGUGUCAUCUUAAGGCUUGGAAGCGGUGAAAAAAUUACUGUCUACGCUAAUAGAGAAGUCAUUGUCUCUGCCGGAACAUUUAACCCCCUUACCUCAUCCGGGUUCUGACGUGGGAGGGGAUCGGACGCUUCGGCGAAGAGUGCAGGGGAAGACUAGACCAUGAAACCAUACAAGACCUGCCGAGCAGGAUUUCUUAUGGACAAGGAAAAUUCAGCGGAGACUCCAAAAUCGAAGCCGCUAAAACAAAUCUACUGUCUGUUCCGUUAGUUGGGACAAAAUUGGCCCAAUGAAAAUAAUUUACUGGUGGUAGGACAUCUUAUGAGUCCGCACGGGUAGGUACCAACACCCUGCCUAUUUCUGCCGUGAAGAAGUAAUGCGUUUCGGUUUGAAGGGCGAGGCAGCCGUUGUUACUAUACUGAGACCUUAGAACUUAUAUCUCAAGGUUGGUGGCG